GACAAUGGCGACGCUCGACUACGUCGACAUCCCGCCAGGCGCAACUCGUCUGCGCUCAAGCCGCAGCGCAACUUCGACGGACAUUAGGCCAGCCCCAGCUGUAUUCACGUCGCUCCCCAAUCCCGAUGCAUCGUCGUCCUCGAACAAUGGUUUCAACCCUGGCCAUCGAGCCCGGAUGUCAUCUUUGUCGCUGAGCGCGGGCGUUGGAGGUUUAGCGUCGCCCACACUGGGAUUCAUACCCCAGCUCUUACUCUCCUCGUCCUUCCCUGGGCUUAACACCGAUUCCUCACACGACGAUUCGAAUGGGAGUUCAGCAGGAGGAGACCCGGUCGUUUCGAAUCCACGACAAAAACUCGACCCGGAGAAGUAUACGUUGUUAUCUACGAAGGACCCGCUAUCGUUACCGAUAAUGACCAACAACUUUAAACGAUUUGUAUCCAAGAUUGGGCCUGUGUUUUGGUUGCAAGACCGGAUUGAGGAGAUCGUUCUCUGGAAACGAGGGUGGAAGGUCACGCUAACUUGGAUGGCUUUAUACGCUUUCUUAUGCUAUUUCCCUAAAUUCGUACUUCUCCUUCCACAUGCAGCAAUAAUCGGGAUUAUCCUAUCAACAUACCCUUAUCCUCCUUCAGGGAGCCCAUUCUCACUGAACACCUCCGCGCCCUCUUCAUCCGACCCAAAUGGCCAAGAUACAGCGCACCUCCACGCGCCAGCGACGGCACCUGAAGGCUCUAUACCCUGGCAAGCCAACAUCCAAGGUAUCCAAAACCUAAUGGGAGCGGUCUCGGAUUUAUUCACAGCAGUCGAACCCUACGUCUACCAUUUUGUCUUAACACCCGCCCACCUGCGCGAACCACCUUCCUCCCGUACUUCCCGCUCCACCACCUCAACAGCGUCAGGGGGCCAAUCCUCUUCCCACUCUGUACCUCCCACGCACUCCCCCUACACACCCCACAUCCUCAUCCUGCUCACAGUCACCUUCCCCCUCCUCGCAUUCCUCAUCUCCCUACCCACCUUCCCCACCCGACUCGUAUUCCUCUUAGGCGGCUUGGCACCGUUUAUGGCUACCAACCCCUUGGUCCAAAGGGCUGUCAACAGGCUACGCAGCAACCCCCUGGUGGGCGUGGCCUUACGCAAAUUCGUACUCGAGAAGGUGGUGCCUACCAUUCGCACUGCAAUCUCAAUAGCACAAGAACGAACGCGGUGGCUGGUUAGUUUCUUGGGGUUGUUCCUCGGGCGUGGUCUCGGUAAACGCCCAUCAUCCCCUCCGAAGCAAAUCAAAGAUGCAGGGAGUCUAUUCGGACCCGGGGCAGGCACUACAGGGCCAGGCACAGGCAGUACCAACGAAAAAGAUAAAAUAUCCCUACUCCUCAAACAACCCCUCUCCACCGUCGUACAACGCAUAAUCGACAACGACAGGCUCACCGACAAGUGCUGGAAUUCGGAGAUGUGGGAGGUGGAGUUGUGGGAGAACGAGAGUAGCAACCUCACCUUCUCACUCGCCCCCGGCUGGUCCUUUGUCGAGACGGAAGAUUGGAGGAAGGACGUGGUGGGAGAGUGGAGUGGAGUUGGUUGUGAUGAAGACGGCUGGGUAUACACCAACGACGCGUGGUUAGGCGCACGUCCAGCACCGUACACCGCGGGUGGAGGGAGUGUUACACGCAGGAGGAGGUGGACGAGGCGGGUGUGGUUUGAUGUUGAGUUGGCUAAACUCGAGGAGGGGAAUGGGAAGAGUGCCAAGUAG